GGGAUUGUUCAGUGGCGGGGUCUCCAACGCGGACAGUACACGCAUGUUCUUUGGAGCCGUAUGGUGCGAAGCCCCAGAUGAGGGACUCAGACGUCCAGGAAUGACGGCCGCUGUCAACGAGAGUGACAUCCUUCACUCUGAGCGACUUCGCUAGAACUACUCCGGCUGACACCCAAACCGAUCCGGAUUGGAUCCUGCCAGACCAGGACUAUGCCAGAGAUGGAGAAAGGCAGACCACCGGAAAAUAAACGCAGCAGGAAACCAGCGCACCCCGUGAAGAGGGAGAUCAAUCAGGAGAUGAAGACAUUUGCGGAGAGCACCAUGAAUGAGCUCCUGGGAUGGUAUGGGUACGACAAGGUGGACCUUAGAGAAUCGGAGGCCAACGAGAUCAGAAACUACAGAGAGAGGCGUCAGCAUGUGUCUGUGCUAAAAGAAAACUCAUUGCCAAAACCUAAAAGCCUAGAAACCAAAGGCAGUCACUCUGUCUUGACCAUGAAGAGUGGAGAGAGGGAAUCCUCCAGUGUCUCUUCCUCUUCACCCUCUUCUUCAUCAACAAGUUCAUCACUCACCACUCCCAAGGAGCAUAAGACUUCCCCUGUCAUUGUUCCGCUCAUAAAGCCAUCAGCAGUGGAAGAUGUGCAGAAUGUGCAGAUAGUAUGUGUUUGGUGCCAGAAGGAAGGUGUAAAACGCUACUCACUAUGUAUGGGUUCGGAGCUCAAGAGCUUCUGUAGUGAGAAGUGCUUUGCUGCCUGCAGACGGGCUUACUUCAAACGUAACAAGGCCAGAGACGAAGAUCUCCACAGUGAGAGAUCCCCCCAGCACCCACAUCCAGAGGACUCGCCCAGACUGGUGUUAAAGAUAAAUACCAAUGUCAGAUCUCUCUCCCCUGUGCCACAGGUAUGUGAUUGGUGCAAGCAUGUUCGUCACACUAAAGAAUAUCUUGACUUUGGAUCUGGAGAGGAACGACUGCAGUUCUGCAGCACCAAGUGUCUGAACCAGUACAAGAUGGAUGUUUUCUACCGAGAAGCCCGCGCAGCUCUUACCACGACCAGCUCAAGCCCAAACAGAACCAGCCAGGAUGGGAGGGUGGAUGGCAAUGUGGCUGGGCAAAAGCUACUUACGCCUGAGUCUUGGAACAGCAGCAGCAGUACAGGGGAAGCAUGUCACAGGAACCUCUCUCCGAAAGGGUCCGCACUAAUUCACGGACCAGCAGAAUCCACUUCUAUCUCACCCUCAGAAGCUCCUUCUUCUUGCAAAGUACCUGUCUCAGGGCAUAGGAACCUUGAUAGAUCUGUUCAGCCACCUCUCCCUAAUCUAGAGGUUACACCCCACACGGUUCCCCUGCCUCAUCCACCUCCUCCUCGCCCAUCUCUGGAACAAAAGCCGAUGCCCCAAAUCCCCAUACCGUUUAUCAGACCUCCUCUUCAUGCUCAGGGCCUAAAAAGCCCCCUUGCCAAUCAUCCUCGACAUCCAGGUGCCUCUUCCAGCCCUAUCCACAGACCCCCACACUCUCCUCACCUGCAGCCCCCAAGCGCUACUUCCAUGAAUCCACCUGGACUGAUGCAUCCUUUCCCAGGAGCUUACUUUCCUGGUUUGCACUCUCCUCCUCUGAACAUGAUGCCAAGGGGCCCCGUUCCAAUGCCUCCCAUAAUGAACUAUGGUAUUCCCUCCUUUUGUCCUCUGCUUCCCCAACCCACAGUCCUAGUGCCUUACCCCAUUAUUGUUCCCUUGCCCGUCCCCAUACCCAUUCCUAUCCCCAUUCCAAUUCCCCCGAAAGCAGCAGCAGAAACUCCGAAUCACAGUGGAGUUAUCCAGCCUGUGCCAGAGGGAAUAGACAGAAGUAGAUUUAGGGCCAACAGGCCAACGUCUCCAGGAAUCUCUGAAGUAGACGGUAGACUAAUGGUCAAUAAAUUGGGUUUAACCUUUCCUCAAAGCCUCACAUCACCAAGUGACUCCACCUCUAGGGACACAGAUUGGGUUAAGUCAGAGAGGCCAUUUCUGUCCCCAGCAUCCACACCACAGAGUGGGGCAUCUUCCCCCAGAGCGCAGUACAAUGAGUUGUCCUGCCCUGCUACAGGAUCUGAGGGACAGACAGACUUUAAGCUGCACACAGAGCGGCAAGUCAUCCAAAGGGUUCUCCAAAGGACCCAAGUGAAGCUGGAACCCAGUGCCAAUGGAAUGAUAGACCUAUCAGGGCUUGGGGAGUCAGCAACCGGGCAUGUUAGCAGACCAGGACUCCAUGACAUCAUCAAACCCACCCCUUCUCUAUCACAGUCACCUUCACAUGACACCAUAAAACAGCUACAGGACUCCCACUCACCACCUUCACACACCCCACCCAGCCCCAUAGGGAGCAGCCUACAUGAAGCCAAGUCCUCCACCCUGACAUCUCAGGACCAUGGUCAAAAUGGGGUGACCUCCUCAUCCACACCUGCCAGUAUGGACUCCUCCCUACCCCAGAAAUUACCAGCACCAACCCAUGACCCUGCACUUAGUGAGCUGGAAGCUGUCAAAGAGAAUAAGUGCUCAGUUGUUAGUCCAGUGAGGAUUGAAGGUCCCAUCAGUCAAAUUGAAGGGCCCUUAACAGUAGUUGGAGAUGCAGUAGAGGACUCCCAUGUUCCUGAUGAGGACCAUGCCUAUGCCCUGCCCACAGCGCCAAAGACAGGUGGGACUGCCACCCCACUGCUCUUGCCCAAACUCAGGGACAAGGGUAGCCUGCGGAGUCCUGCUAAUGUGCCCAGUGCUGGAGACAUGGAGCCAGCUCUGAAGAGGCGGUGCCUGCGAAUCCGAGAUCAGAAUAAGUAGAGAUGAGAGAUUCCCUGCUUAAUACUGUACAGCAGAGACAGAGUCAGUGCCACGCCCUCUUGUGGACAUCACCGAUGCUUACAACCUCCAGCCUGCCCCUCAGCCUGUCAGCCCACCAGAGUGUUGUUCUGCCUGUAGACCAGCAGGGUGCCAAGCCAGGAAGCCGUCCAGAUGGCCGAAUAAUCACCAGUCAAUAAGGGGGAAGAUCACACAACACAAUCACACUUUUUUGUCUUGGACCAAAGAACACCGGCUUGUGUGUUACCGAGUUCAGUGAGCAAUCGAAAAAGAAAGAAUCUCAGAUUCUUUUCCUGUCUGACAUUGCCCUAAAGCAUGUUUGUGUGCACAAGUUAGUGUGGCAGCCCAGAUGCUCUCCUCCUCCUCUCCUUCUUCCACACAGCAGACAGCGCUCUGAUCAGCCUUGUGUGGUCUUCUCAGAUGGAGCCUGAACAUGAUCUCUUUCCAGGGGAAACGGUUUGUUUUCUCUGCCCGGCUUGCACAAAGAGCCACAUUGUUCCUUUCGCCAUAUCCCACGCUGACUCCCCACUCCAGGUUUUGGGUUACCUGGCUGAUGGGGGCUCAGACUUCAGGAGCUUUUUAAAAAAAGAAAAAAUAGCAUCAGCCAAGAAUAUAGUAUAGCCCUCUCUCCUCCACCUACCCGCCCAAUCUAAAUACAGUAUGCACUCCAAACACUGGUUCUGAGGUUUUAUCCUUUGCAGCUGAUUGCCUGCGAUUCUCCAUUGGGCUCAGUUGCCCUGAGGGAGGAGAGAAAUAUGUUGAGAUGAAGACUUUGGCUCUGUGUUCAGAGCCAGGCUGAAGAAUCCCCGAAGAGAGUUUCCACUUUCUCUGCUAUGGCAAUGUAACAGUACACCGACUGUUUGAGGGUCAGUUUCUGAGAUGAUCUGUGAACACUAAUCGUCACGAUGACGCUGGUACACAAAUGUGUGAUUUACAGAUCUGCAAUCACUCCUCUGAAUCUACCAAAUGUUGGAAAGUAGAUCAGAGCCGAAUCCGAGCACUGAGUGCCAUGCAUGUUUAAAUCCUAUGACAGUUCUGAUGUGACAAUUUAACUGAUCCAAAUCCAGAUUGUUAUUUUUAUCGUAUGGUAUCUGCUCUGAUGUGAUUGUUCUGACGAAACAAAACUAAUGUAAUAUAACCAAAUGUGGUGUUAUACUCGAAAGCAUCAAAUGCUGUCAUAUGCAGCAAUCAGUAUUACAGUUCCUGCUGUUGAGGAAACCCUGAUCGAGCACGAUCAGUCAACACUUGCCCAGUUGUACAAUAUCAGUUUUAAAGUUUAAGUCAGCACAGAUACUAUUUGAUCUUAUAUUAACUUAUGGAUGACACAUUUAUAGAUUUUCAAAAAUACUUUAUUUCCUCAUUUGUAUUUUACUUUGAUUAUAUUUUGUGGGUGCCGAAAACCCUUAAAUGCCCCGUGCCUAUGUGUUUAUAUGCUGCAUCUCCACUAGAGAGCAGUGUUUACCUUGUGUUAUUUUGCACCUUCCUCAAUCUGACUACAAAUGACCAGAAGGCCCAUAGGCAGCCCGUUAAAACCGAGCUCACCGGACAAAACAGUCCACCUGGUGCCAUCAGUCCGAAAGCUGAAUUAUACCCCCAACAUUUUGCUAUAAUUUUGCCUUUGAGUCCAAAUACUCUCUACUUGAACAAGCCCCUCAACUCUUUUUCGUAAUAAAAGACUCCAUGACCUACAACCCAUGCUAUCAUUCCAAAACCGCCCAUGUAUGUGUCCCUACAUUACACUGUCUCCCCACUCAUUCCAGCCUUCAUCUUCACCACCGAUCAUACCAUCAUGACAGUGUCAUCCUCAGAUGGCAAGAGAAUGUCAACAGCCUGUAUGAGUCAGCAAUGACAUCACUCCAAAUAAACAGCUGCAGUGUCAACAGUUCUUCGCCAAAACCUGCCAACACGUACAUCAUUUGGAGUGCCACUAUUGGUUUAAAUUGCUUUAAUUAAUAGAAUCUCAACACCGGUAUUUCUCAGCUGAUCCAACAUUUCUGGACAUGGUACUUUUGUGUCCGAGGAUUUUUGCUACUGUUGUUUAAAAUUGCAUAGACUCCGUCUGACCUCCCCUGACACACAUUUAGCUUACUAUCUCAAAUUAAACUGUCUGAUUGUUUGUAUUUGAAUGAAUAUAAAGUAACCAAGAGCUUUGUUGGAGAUCUCUUUGUAAAGUGAAAUAAAUAAAAGUUAUUCUAAGAGCAAAUGA